CAGCUGGGGAAAACGAGAAAUCAGGUAUAUAAGCUCUCGCCACUUAGUAUUGUGCACAUGAUUUUCAGCCAACCUUAGAAAAUGUUGAAAUUGUUCGCGGCGGUACUUCUCUUCGUUUCGAUCAGCGCCAUAGCUGAAGGUGGUGCGAGCCCAUCGUGUCCACCUAAUCAGGAAUAUUUGCAGUGCAUGAGAUGUGAUCAAACCUGCGGGAGUCCUCCUAUGUCCUGCACAGCGCAAUGCGUACCAGGAUGUUCCUGUAUAGAUGGUUACGUGAGAACCAGGGAUACCUCUUCACCCGGAUGUAUUUCUCAAAGAGAGUGUAACAGAAGAUUAGCAUAUGGACCCAAGAAGCCGUGUCAUUAGGAUCCAGAGAAGACGUUUCCAAAGACUUAAGUUCCGAUCACGCAAAUCCAUACGAUUUCCAAGGGAGGUAUCAAUUGUUGAAUUUACACUCUUCGAUGAGACUCCGAUCGAAUGAAGAAAUUGGUUUCGAUCGAGGACUUGACGAGUUGGAUUCUUGACCAAUUAUCCAAAGCUAUUUUCUCUUUUUAUGUAUAAAAAAUUCGAUUACAUAAUAAAUUUCAAAUGUCCGAGCAAA